AACCAAACCCUCCUAUUCGCAGCCACCUAUAAAUACCCUCCCUAGGGUUUACGUCCUUCGUCUCCACCCAGCCCGCGCCGCCGCCGCCCGCGCUCCCCUCAGGUAAGGAAGGAGGAGGCAGGCGAGGAUGUCGCACCGCAAAUUCGAGCACCCGAGGCACGGGUCCCUCGGCUUCCUCCCCAGGAAGCGCUGCUCACGCCACCGCGGAAAGGUGAAGUCCUUCCCCAGGGAUGACCCCAAGAAGCCCUGCCACCUCACUGCCUUCCUUGGCUACAAGGCUGGAAUGACCCACAUCGUCCGUGAGGUCGAGAAGCCUGGCUCCAAGCUCCACAAGAAGGAAACCUGUGAGGCUGUGACUAUCAUUGAGACCCCUCCUCUUGUCAUUGUUGGACUUGUGGCAUAUGUGAAGACCCCUCGUGGCCUGCGCACUCUCAACUCUGUCUGGGCCCAGCACCUUAGUGAAGAAGUGAGGAGGAGGUUCUACAAGAACUGGUGCAAGAGCAAGAAGAAGGCUUUCAGUAAGUAUGCCCUCAAGUAUGACAGUGAUGCAGGCAAGAAAGAAAUCCAGUUGCAACUUGAGAAGAUGAAGAAGUAUGCCUCAGUUGUUCGUGUUAUCGCCCACACUCAGAUUAGAAAGAUGAAGGGAUUGAAGCAGAAGAAGGCCCACCUCAUGGAGAUCCAGAUCAAUGGUGGCUCUAUUGCAGACAAGGUGGACUAUGGCUACAAGUUCUUCGAGAAGGAGGUCCCUGUUGACUCUGUAUUCCAAAAGGACGAAAUGCUUGAUAUUAUUGGUGUCACCAAGGGUAAGGGGUACGAGGGUGUCGUCACCCGUUGGGGUGUCACCCGCCUUCCAAGGAAGACUCACAGGGGUCUCCGCAAGGUUGCCUGUAUCGGUGCCUGGCAUCCUGCUAGGGUGUCCUACACCGUCGCCCGCGCUGGUCAGAACGGGUACCACCACCGCACUGAGAUGAACAAGAAGGUUUACAAGAUUGGCAAGUCUGGACAGGAGUCUCAUGAGGCCUGCACGGAGUUUGACAGGACCGAGAAGGACAUCACCCCGAUGGGCGGCUUCCCGCACUACGGUGUGGUGAAGGGCGACUACCUCAUGAUCAAGGGCUGCUGCGUCGGCCCCAAGAAGAGGGUCGUCACCCUCCGCCAGUCCCUGCUGAAGCAGACCUCGCGGUUGGCGCUCGAGGAGAUCAAGCUCAAGUUCAUCGACACCUCGUCCAAGUUCGGGCACGGGCGCUUCCAGACCACCGACGAGAAGCAGAGGUUCUUCGGCAAGCUCAAGGCCUGAGCUGCUGUCGAAGCAAAAUGUCUCACCUGAUAGUGUUAUCAUUUCAUUUUUCUUCUCAAAUUUCGUGGGAAAUAUUCGAGGAACUGUGUAUGUGUUGCAACUCUGAGCUGCUGCCAUUGCGGAUGAUUAAUCUAUCGAGUAUUAGGAAUUUUGGAAUC